CCGAGGCUGGGAUACCUCGCGUCGUGCCGGCCGGGCGGUGGUAGCGGCGGGGCGGCGGUAGCGGCGCGCCCGGGGCCUGGCCUCGGCCUAGGAGCGCUGGGCAAGAUGCCGGGCGGCCGGGUGUGCGCCGCCUGCGGCUGCUCGGAGAUCGAGGUGGACGCGGCGCGCGGGGAUGCGGUGUGCACGGGCUGCGGCUCGGUGCUGGAGGACAACAUCAUCGUCUCCGAGGUGCAGUUCGUGGAGAACAGCGGCGGCGGCUCCUCCGCCGUGGGACAGUUCGUGUCGCUGGACGGUGCAGGCAAAACACCAACUUUAGGAGGAGGAUUCCAUGCCAAUCUGGGGAAGGAGUCACGAGCACAAACUCUACAGAAUGGGAAACGUCAGAUUCACCACUUGGGAAACCAGCUUCAACUCAAUCAACAUUGUCUGGAUACAGCUUUUAAUUUUUUCAAGAUGGCUGUAAGCAAACACCUAACCCGGGGGAGAAAGAUGACCCAUGUAAUUGCUGCAUGUCUCUACCUGGUGUGUAGGACAGAAGGAACUCCUCGUAUCCUUUCACAUUUAAAAAAUAAAAAUAUAUUUAAUAAAGACAUACUUUCAGCAAGUCGACUCUCCCGGUUAAACCUGGUUUCAGAAUUUGAAAAGGUGAAUGUCUAUGUGCUGGGAAAAACUUUCCUUCUGUUGGCCAGAGAACUCUGCAUAAAUGCUCCAGCUAUAGAUCCAUGUUUAUAUAUUCCUCGUUUUGCACACAUGCUUGAGUUUGGAGAUAAGAACCAUGAGGUGUCCAUGACGGCUCUCAGGCUGUUGCAGAGAAUGAAGCGGGACUGGAUGCACACCGGCCGCCGGCCCUCUGGGCUCUGCGGAGCAGCUCUCCUAGUGGCAGCAAGGAUGCAUGAUUUCCGACGUACUGUUAAAGAGGUCAUCAGGGUGGUCAAGGUUUGUGAGUCUACAUUAAGAAAAAGGUUGACGGAGUUUGAAGAUACACCAACAAGUCAGUUAACCAUAGAUGAGUUUAUGAAGAUUGACUUGGAAGGAGAAUGUGAUCCUCCUUCAUUUACAGCUGGUCAAAAAAAACUGAAGAUACAGCAGCUUGAGAAAGCGCUAUCAAAAAAGCUGGAGGAUUUUGAAGGUGAAAUAUCAAGCUAUCAAGAUGAAAUAGAGAUUGAAUUAGAAAGCAGUAGACCAAAAGCAAAAGGCGUAUUUGCAAAUUACACUAAAGAUGAUUCUAUAGAAGAUAAUACCUCUAGUACUCUUGCAGAGGAGGAGGCAGAAGAUGAGGAACUAGAAGCAGCUGCUAAUCACUUAAACAAGGACUUCUAUAAUGAACUUCAUGAGAAUGAUAGAGUAAGAAAAAAUGAAGAUGAGAAAUGCACAAAUGGAAAUGAAAUUCUUGUAAGACCACCUGCACUGGAAUCCUUGCUUGGCCCACUCCCCACUGCAGCUAGUCUUGGCAUAACAGAGUCUAUAAAAGAGUGCAUAUCCACUAAGGACCGAGAACCUGGUGAGAAUGCAGGAGAUGGUGAAUUAGAUUUGAGCGGGAUCGACGACAGUGAAAUAGAUCGGUAUAUACUUAACGAAACAGAAGCUCAGAUAAAAGCAGAGCUGUGGAUGAAAGAAAAUGCAGAUUAUUUGAAGGAACAAAAAGAAAAGGAAGCAAGAAUAGCAAAAGAAAAAGAACUUGGGAUUUAUAAGGAACACAAGCCAAAGAAAUCUGCAAAGAAGCGGGAGCCAAUUCAAGCCAGCACAGCAGGAGAGGCAAUUGAAAAGAUGUUAGAACAGAAGAAAAUCUCAAGUAAAAUUAAUUAUAAUGUGCUAAGGGACCUGAACAGCAAAGGAAGUAACACACCAAAGAAGGAGGAUGACAGCACUGAUGACAGCACCAACACCAAGAAGCUGUCAAGAAGAAAAUCUAUUGCCAGUAGGAAUAUAGCCAACCCUGUAAACAGUGUGGGAAAAAGAUUAAGACCCUUGAUUUCAACACAGCUUGCUAAAAAGGCUGCCACUGAAGAGGUGACUUUUCCAAGUGCACAAGCAGAAGCCCCUGGCUUAGGAAAAGCAGCAGCUGUGCUAGUGGAGAGUGGCCCAGUAGCUUACAACCCUGAUGAAGAGGUGGAAGAGGAAGAAGUAGAAGAUGAUGAUGAUCACUGCAUGAGCGCCUUGCAGUUAAUGGGAGGAAACGAUUAUGGCUGUGAUGUGGAUGAUGAUGAUGGCUAUUAGUUCCAUUUACUUCCAAAGGACAUGGACUAUGUCUUGUGCCCAGCAAAUCUUCAGUCUCCAAACUGUAUGAGUUUAAUUAGGUUUCUUUAUAUGAAAGAAGCUUUCUAUGGUCAGCAAAUCUAAUCGAACAAUCCUUACUUUUGUAAGUGAAUUUUAGGUUGCCAUUGACUCUGGUCAGUUUACAUUGACCCAUAACCCAGCAACAGUGUUGUACUUGUUGGGUUUGUACUUGAAUUUUUCUUGACGUUGGUGGAUCAUAUUUUGAGAAUGAAGUUAAUGGGAAUAAUGUUUCCAGAGAACAAAAGAAAAGAGACAAAAUAGACUGUGUAUAAAGCAUGUGUGGCUGAAAGCAACACAUCUCUUAUUUAUGUGACUGUGCUUUUAGGCAUGCUGUUGAAGGGAAGUGGAUUGAAGACAGAUAGGACAGGCAAAAUGGAAAAGUGUGCCUGUUGAUUAUUUCAGUACCGUAGCAUUAGUUGUUUCAUAAUGCUGCAACCGAAAGAAGGAAAACAUUUCCAGCGUGUAUUGUGAACAUGACCCUGUUACUGUAUACAAGCUUCCUUACCCAAGUCUAUCAGAAAAUGACAAGUUAUAUGUUUGCAAUGCAGUAUUGGUUUCUUUGAAAUUAAGUAAAUACUUCUUUGUACUAAUCAAUUAAUAGAUUUCUUAAAAGGACAACAAUAGGAGACAAUGUUGGCAGCGAAGAAUCAUUUUCCACUGUCCCAUGUGGUUUAUUUGGAGGGAGAAGACCUGUGUGAGGCAAGAAGUGUAGAGAGCAAGCAGGCAACAAUGCUAUGCUCACAUGCCUUUGCUGGGCAUUCCUAGGACCAGCCAGGUCUUCUUGUGGCUGGUAUUGCUGCAGGAGAGUCACCCUAACCGUCUCUAUGUAGCUAUUCUUGUCCAGCUGAGUUGGAAUGGUGGUCUGCUCCUGGAGCUGCCUGUCUCUAAAGCUGGCUGAAGGAAAGAGAAAGCUGAUCUUUUUAAUGAAUAAGCUAGCAUCUGCUUUGGCCAAAUUUAAUUUAAUGUAUUUAACUUUCUCUGAGUAAAUUAAAGGUUGCCAUGCAGCAAUCUGACUUUCAUGGCUCAAGUCCCACCCUUUAACAGUUGCUGCUCCCUUAGUAAUGCAGUAAUGGAGCAGUAAUGCUCCAGCCCUGUGCUCCCCAAAAUGGCAACAUGCAGGUCUUUCUCUUUCAGAUCCAUCAGGUCUCCCAGUGCAGUUAGACUGGGGAUCAGGGACGGAGCCCCUAUUGCCAGAUUCCACCCUUUUGUCUCUGACUUGCCUUUUCCUGGCACUGCUCAGUUCAAGGCUCUUGGCUCAGUGGGGGAUGCACUGCAGUCUGGAUCACACUCUUGAUGACUGCAGCUGUGGUACCCAAAAUGUUUCCAUCUCUUUCCUUUGUCUAGUGACAGUCAUAAAAACUUUAGCACUGCAGGCUGGUCUUACACCAGGAAAAGAUGGGUAUUUGUCUUACCAAUGUGGUUUCUCUUAAGCUGUCUCUCCUGGUCAAGUCGUCUUUCCUACCCUUUUGAGGAGUGUUCGUCCCUAAAGCACCAUCCAUCCUCAUGCUGCAGAGGGUGAAUCAUGGGAGGAAGAGAAGCUGCCUUAGGAAGCUCUGUAGCUAUUAUCAGCCAGAGUGAUGAUGCUGCUCAUACCUGUGGUCAUCACAAAGAGGGGGGAAGAGCCAAAAGGCCUUCCAUACUUCUCCAUCUCAAUAGCAUGAAUAAGAGGAAUCAUGUAAGUAAAGCAAGAGUGAGUGCUCUUUUUAGGAGUGGGCUUGAUAUUAUUUGGCUGGUAAAUGUAGUUUUUUGGAUAGGUUGUAUCUGCUAGAUAUUUUUGAGCCCUGUAUAGGAGUAUUUCCAGAAUAACUUCUUAAAAGCAGAAUUCAGUAACACAAAAGAUGUCAUGAAGCUAAUGGGAAGAAGAGCUUUUCUGAACCAGAUUCCAGUUGUUUAGCUUGUGGCACUUCAGUGGAAAGAAGAUAUUCCAUAUAACUCUUGGAGGAAAAGCUGGUAUUUUCACCAAAAGCCUAUAGAUUUUUUUCUGAUACUUUAUAAAUACUGCACAAAAAAAUAAUAUUGAGGGGAUAAGCCUUUCUACCUCUCUUUUAUCUACACCACAAAUUAAAAAUCAUGCUAUAAGCAGAUUUUUAAAAGUAGUUUGUUUUAUCAAAGUUCGUGCUCUGCAAGUCUUUGGAAGGGUUGAGUUUGAGCAUUUGGGUUUGGAUUAUUCUGCCAAUAGCAUUACGACAAAUACCCAUAGUCUCAGUAUAUUCUCAAAGCUGGGUUUUAUUCCAAGGUACACAUUAUUCUCUAUGCAGGAAAUAAACAUGCAUAAAUAAACAUGUGUAUGACUCAUGGAGGUCAAGUGCUUUUCUCAAAUGCAAGAUGUUGGCUCUUAAAGAAACCACCAAGAUAAAUUCUUUAUUGCUGAGGGUCUUUCUUCCAGUCUUCCAUGUAGAGUUUCGUUGGUUUGUUCCCCCUAAAGGAUACUAACCCUGCUGCCGGUGUGGUGAUGUUAUGUUUGGGAGCCCAGAGUCCACCCAAAUAGCUACUGCUAGAAGAUUAUAAUUGCAGUAGCACGCUGUGUUUCUGAGAACAUUGUUUCUUGCACUGGAAGUAGAGGAUUGCAGGUUUUGAAUGGUCUCAUCUGAUUUGAUUAGGAGCAGCUAUCAUAUGGUCUGCUAGAAGCCACUUGAAGAGCAGAAAAAAAAAGACCUACAAUUCCAUAGCAUCUCAUUAUUGCUGGCAUGGUUUCUGUACAGGAGUUCUAAAGGAAAAGCCAUGGUAAUCAGACAGGCAGACUUCACUCCGAGUGUUGUAAAGCUUCUUAAGUGAUAGUGGUUAUGUACAUUUUUAAUUUAUUGGUGACUUACCAGGAUUUUUAUAAUGUUCAUUCCUUCUUGAUUUAACUAAGCUCAGGAAAUGUAAACAGAUUAGGACACGCUAGUUUCUGUUUUUAUAGCUAGUCAUUAAAAUGUAGAAAGAUUAACACUGCAUUAACUCUGUUUACUACUGUUGAGGUAUCUGGACAAUUUUGUUGCAUGUAAGUAAGCCUAAAUUCACUUGGAGUAAUUUGGACCCUGCUUUUCUCAGGAUUCUGAUUAUAAUGAAGAGAGCUUAUAAGGCUUCAACAUCUGUUGUUCCUAGAUCUUUGUAUUUGAACUCACACAAGCUAUAUAUCAUUGGGUUUGUUGCAUAAAGCAUGUCCGUUGCUGCAAGCCACUUUGUUUUUGACAGGCAAAGCCCUCCAGCAGGUGCAUUCAGCUUGUCUGCCAUGCAGCCUUUUCACAUUUUUGCAUGGUGGGAGUCAAAAAAAAUGACAAAAAUAAGAAAAAUAAUGGGAUUCUUCAGUGUGGCGAGUGCAUUUUCAGUGUCUUAAUCAUCUAUGACAUUUCCUUAAAAUCACUGUGUUCGGUACAGCAACUUUUAAAUGUUGCCAGACAGCCUUGUCUUGAGGAUUAAACAUGUUUGUUGAAAAAGUUCUUGCCAUCCUGAUGGCUUGUUCGUAUUCUUCGGAUUGCAUUGAAACUCCAGCCACAGAUGUGUAGAAUUUGCCUAAUAAAUGUUCUGUUUCUUAAUUUUAUGUUGCAUUCUUGCAUUUGGUUUGAGUAGUGCCAAGGAAGUUAAACCCGUUUGAUGUAAGCAUAUGUAUAGUCCUUACACAACCACAAUAUGAGCCAUGUUAAGCUUUUUUACACUAAUAUAUUUGCUGUAAGUAAAAAAAUAAACCCUUGCAGAAUCCAUCUUUUA